AUGAUCCUGGACGCGAUUCGGUGGAUGGAUGCGUCGAUAGUGAAUCCUGUUGCGACGCGAUUGGCCGGAUCUGUGGCCAACCCGGCAGUGCUGAGCUUCUUGCUGUGGGAACGACUAAAGACACUGACGCCGCAGCGCGCACGUGAUUUGAUGCGGCUACUGUCCACUGCAGUGGCCAAUGCCUUGGGUGUUCUUCGUGCUGAGAGGGGCAAGCAGCUUGGAGUUAGCUCCAAGCAACUGCACAAGGACUUUCUGCGAGCUGCCAGUAGCCGCAGCGGUCGAGAGGUGGUGUUAAAUAGCGUGGCUACAAUGGCUAAGGUGGCGCAGGCACUCAACACACCCGAGACCAAGGCAGCUACGCAGCAGCUUUUUCAGACGCUGCAGUCCGUGGUGGACUUCUUUGCAAGCUACGAUGGACGACGCAUUAUUUCGAGUACUGGCCAGUGUCUUACUAGUGUUACUGAGGUGACAGCGUCACCUGAAGCCUCCAUUUUCUUGGCGGAACUAGCCACGAACAUCUUGCACACGCUCGAAAGUGACGCAAAACGGCAACAUUCGAGUCCUGCUAAAGAGGAGGAGGAAGUGAAGGAAAAGAAGGAGGAAGAACAAGACGGGCGAGAACGGGAGGUUGAUCAGGAGCUACCGCGUGAGACAGAGGCGGACCAUGAAAGGGAUCAUAAAGAUUCGUACUCACCGGCCUCUUCGAUGGCCAAAACACGGCGGAGUUUCGACACGGAAUCCAUGCCAUCGUCAGCACCUGGAACUCCUACAAUAGGAAUGUUUACGCCUCACGAACCGGCACACGGACAUAUGUCGUCGUCAUUUGCCAUGCUAUCGGGGAUGCGGCGUCAGGCGCUGAUAUCGCCGCCUGCAGAGAAAAGUAGAAGCUACCGCUCGGCACGCAUUGAAAAGGAGGUGUUGCUGAAGUUGGGAGUCGACCCGUCAUUGCUCAGCGAGAUCCAGCGUGUGCUAGAUGUUGUCGCUGCUGACGAAGAAGAGAAAGAACUGGCGGAAUUGCAGCGUCGGCGUGAAGAGGCAGAUAUCUUUUCAAGUUUAGUAGUGUCUGAGUCGGCGAACGCGGGUAUCACGCACGCGUUUGGCAAUGACGAGGAUGAAGAAAAAACUGAUGAUGUCACCCACGGUAACGAAGGAGUGUCGGACCCGACAUCAGAACUGCUUCCUGAAUGGCACGAGAAGCCGCUGCGGGAGGCACUUCGACGUCGCCACGCCCACGCUGAAGCAUCAAUGGAGGAACGAUAUUCUGCACAUCGUCAAGUUCGCGAGAUGGCGGCGGUGCUGGCUCGACGCAAUAUUGAGCAUGGAGACCUCCAACCUGGUGAUAUUGUGGCUUGCCGGAUUAUAGCCCGGAUGAUCGUAUACGGUGCGGGUCUGUCCUUGCUGCUGUCGGGGUACCUGCUCAGUCGAAAGCUCUUUGGUUGA